CUUCAUAUACCCAUAGAAUUAUUUGUUGAUUCGGUACUCGGCAGAGGUCUAUAAGUUAUAGCUCAAUAACUUCAGUUGCCCUGCAUUUCACAAACCUUACUCUAUUUGGUUGUUAAUUGUUAUAUAUAUUCUCACUGAAUCAAGACGAUAUAAUCGAAGAAGACGAAAAUGGAGUCCCCAUUCAAGGCUGAUGUACUCAAAGGCCAAGUAGCCCUCAUCACCGGAGGCGGAUCAGGCAUCGGCUUCGAGAUUUCCACUCAGUUCGGAAAGCAUGGAGCCUCCGUCGCCAUAAUGGGCCGCCGCAAGCCCGUCCUAGACGACGCCGUUUCGGCCCUCAAAUCCCUCGGCAUCCCAGCAGUUGGGUUUGAAGGAGAUGUUCGCAAGCAGGAAGAUGCCCAAAGAGUUGUGGAGGCAACAGUGAAGCAUUUCGGGAAGCUCGACAUUCUUGUGAAUGGUGCUGCUGGCAAUUUUCUUGUAUCAGCUGAGGAUCUGUCGCCCAAUGGAUUUAAAACAGUUAUGGAUAUCGAUGCUGUUGGCACAUUUACCAUGUGCCAUGAAGCUCUCAAGUAUCUUAAGAAAGGUGCACCGGGAAGAAACUCGACAGCUGGAGGACUUAUACUGAAUAUCAGUGCCACUUUGCAUUACACAGCAUCCUGGUAUCAACUCCAUGUAUCUGCAGCAAAGGCAGCCAUUGAUGCCCUAACGAGAAAUUUGGCCCUAGAAUGGGGCACAGAUUAUGAUAUAAGGGUGAACGGAAUAGCACCUGGUCCCAUAGGCGAUACUGCUGGAUUGAGCAAGCUUGUGCCAAAAGAGAUUAUCUCUAAUGGAUAUGGAUCGAGAGACCCUUCAUAUAUGUACAAAGUUGGUGAGAAAUGGGAUGUUGCCAUGGCUGCUAUCUACCUUGCAUCCAAUACUGGUAAAUAUAUAAAUGGAAGUGUGUUAGCAAUUGAUGGAGGAAUGUGGCUGGCCAAACCUCGUAAUCUGCCAAAAGAGGCAGUGAGACAGUUUUCUCGAGCAGUUGAAAAACGAUCUCGCUCAGCACCUGAUGGGGUUCCUACUAGCAAACUCUAGUAUGCGACUAUAUCCUAGAACAGCUACAUGAAUUUGUUGGCUAAUUGACAUUUAUAUUGUAAUCUUUGACACAAUUAUCAUAAACAUGACCUUCUGAAAAAAAUUCAAAGAAGACAAUUAUCAUAAACAUGGCCUUCUUGA